AUGGCUCCUCUUCCCAUCAAGUUCACGGAGCUGCUCCAGUUAACGAGUGUUGACAUUUCGCCGGCAGCCAUUGGCUUCAAUUCAUGUACCCUAGAAUCGGAUCAUUACGUUUGCGUCCGACAAAAAGUCAACGAAGAAGACAAGCCUCAGGUUGUAAUCGUCAACCUCAAGAACAACAAUGAAGUUAUUAGACGUCCUAUCAACGCCGACAGUGCUAUCAUGCACUGGUCCAAAAAUGUCAUCGCCCUAAAGGCCGCGGGGAGAACAAUUCAGAUCUUCGACCUUCAGGCGAAGCAAAAACUGAAGUCCGCUGUAAUGGGCGAGGAUGUCGUAUACUGGAAGUGGUACAGUGAGAGGAGUAUCGGUCUGGUAACGGAUACGUCCGUUUGGCACUGGGAUGUUUUCGAUCCUGCUCAGCCCAAUCCCGUGAAGCAAUUUGACCGACUUCCAAACCUGAAUGGCUGUCAAAUCAUCAAUUACCGAGUCAACGAUGACGAGAAAUGGAGUGUAGUAGUUGGCAUAAGCCAGCAGCAAGGACGCGUCGUAGGGUCGAUGCAGCUGUACUCUCGGGAGCGUGGAAUUUCGCAAUCUAUCGAAGGCCAUGCUGCUGCUUUCGCUUCGAUCCGAGCUGAGGGCUCUCCCUUGGAACACAAGUUGUUUACCUUCGCUGUUCGAACGCAAACAGGCGCGAAAUUGCAGAUCGCAGAGAUCGACCAUCAGGAGCCCAACCCACGGUUCCAGAAGAAAGCGGUGGAGGUGUUUUUCCCUGCUGAGGCAGUGAACGACUUCCCUGUGGCGAUGCAGGUCUCCAAGAAAUACGAUAUCGUCUACCUCGUCACGAAGUACGGCUUUAUCCACCUCUAUGAUUUGGAGACCGGUAUCUGCAUCUUCAUGAACCGAAUCUCCAGUGAGACCAUCUUUACUACUGCGCCAGACUCUGAUUCUGCCGGUCUCGUUGGCGUCAACCGUAAGGGCCAGGUUCUCGCGGUCAGUGUGGACGAGAACACCAUUAUUUCGUAUCUUAUGGAGAACCCCGCUAUGUCGAGUAUUGCUGUGAAGCUAGCCUCCAAAGCCGGACUUCCUGGAGCCGACCACCUUUAUCAGCAACAAUUCGACAACCUUCUCGCCCAAGGAAAUUACACUGAGGCGGCAAAGAUUGCAGCCAAUUCACCACGCGGGUUCCUCCGUACCCCAGACACCAUCAACCGCUUCAAGAACGCGCCGCCGCAGGGUGGCCAGCAAAUGUCCGUCAUUCUCCAAUACUUUGGGAUGCUCUUGGACAAAGGCUCUCUGAACAAGUAUGAGAGUGUUGAGCUUGUUCGCCCAGUUUUGCAGCAGAAUAGGAAGCAUUUGCUGGAAAAGUGGAUGCGUGAGAACAAGCUGGAGGCUUCCGAGGAGCUUGGUGACAUCGUACGACCACAUGACAUGAACUUGGCUUUGCAAAUCUAUCUUCAGGCCAACGUCCCUCACAAAGUGGUUGCUGGAUUCGCUGAAACUGGCCAGUUUGACAAGAUCCUUGCGUAUUCGAAGCAGGUUGGCUACCAGCCUGACUACACGCAGCUCUUGCAGCACAUCGUGCGCGUGAACCCGGAGAAAGGUGCUGAAUUCGCCGCACAGCUUGCUAAUGAAGAGACUGGUGCUCUUGUUGAUCUUGACCGUGUAGUUGAUGUGUUCCUUUCCCAGAACAUGAUCCAGCAGGCUACCUCAUUCCUGUUGGAUGCACUGAAGGAUAACAGACCGGAGCACGGGCAUCUUCAGACUCGCUUACUGGAGAUGAACCUCAUUAAUGCGCCUCAGGUUGCAGAUGCUAUCCUUGGCAAUGAGAUUUUCACACAUUAUGACAAGGCUAGAAUCUCGCAGCUCUGUGAGAAUGCUGGGCUGAUCCAGCGUGCGCUGGAAAACACGGAUGAUCCUGUUGCGAUCAAGCGGAACAUUGUUCGCACAGACAAGCUGAACCCGGAAUGGUUGAUCAAUUACUUCGGUCGUCUCUCUGUGGAGCAGACUCUUGACUGCCUGGAUGAAAUGCUCCGUGUCAAUAUCCGUCAGAACUUGCAGGCUGUCGUCCAAGUUGCCACCAAGUUCUCUGAUCUGCUCGGACCAAACCGCCUUAUUGAUCUCUUUGAGAAGUACCGUACCGCGGAAGGUCUCUACUACUACUUGGGCAGCAUCGUCAACCUCAGCGAGGAUUCCGAAGUGCAUUUCAAGUAUAUUGAAGCAGCUACCUUGAUGGGUCAGAUCACUGAGGUGGAGCGUAUUUGCCGCGAGAGCAAUUACUAUAACCCCGAGAAGGUGAAGAACUUCUUGAAGGAGGCUAAACUUACGGAGCAACUUCCAUUGAUUAUUGUGUGUGAUCGGUUCAACUUCAUCCAUGAUCUGGUCUUGUACCUCUAUCGCAACCAACAGUACAAGUCCAUUGAAGUCUAUGUGCAGCGUGUGAAUCCUUCACGCACUCCGGCCGUCGUCGGAGGACUGCUAGACGUGGACUGUGACGAGAUUAUCAUUAAGAACCUUCUCACGACUGUCGACCCGUCUCUUAUCCCCAUUGACGAACUUGUUCACGAGGUGGAAACUAGGAACAGACUCAAGUUGCUCCUGCCUUUCCUCGAGGCUACCCUCGCGACUGGUAAUCAGCAGCAGGCUGUCUACAAUGCAUUGGCCAAGAUUUACAUCGACAGCAACAAUAACCCCGAGAAGUUCCUGAGGGAAAAUGACCAGUACGACACUCUGGUUGUUGGAAAGUACUGCGAGAAACGUGACCCCAACCUGGCCUACAUCGCCUACAGAAAGGGUCAGAACGACCUGGAGCUUAUCAAUAUCACCAACGAGAAUGCCAUGUACCGGGCCCAGGCGCGGUACCUUUUGGAGCGCGCCGAUCCUGAGGUCUGGGCUUUCGUUCUGAGUGAUAAUAACAUCCAUCGUCGUUCGGUCGUUGAUCAGGUCACUGCUACCGCUGUCCCGGAGUCGACGGAGCCCGAUAAGGUGUCCGUCGCUGUCAAAGCCUUCCUUGAUGCAGAUCUGCCCGCUGAACUGAUUGAGCUCCUGGAAAAGAUUAUCCUUGAGCCAUCUCCGUUCAGCGACAACAGCAGUCUGCAGAACCUGCUCAUGCUGACUGCGGCCAAGGCGGACAAGGGCCGUUUGAUGGGUUACAUUCAUCAGCUCAAUGAGUUCAAUGCCGAUGAGAUUGCUCAGAUGUGUAUCUCUGUUGGACUGUAUGAGGAAGCGUUUGAGAUCUACAAGAAGGUCAACAACCACCUCGCCGCUACGAAUGUCUUGGUGGAAAACAUUGUCAGCAUCGACCGCGCCCAAGAGUACGCCGAGCGUGUCGAGAUACCGGAGGUAUGGAGCAAGGUUGCCAAGGCUCAACUGGACGGCCUGCGUGUUUCCGACUCGAUUGACUCGUACAUUCGCGCGAAUGAUCCUUCCAACUACAGCGAGGUCAUCGAGACGGCCACCCAUGCUGGUAAGGAUGAGGAACUGGUGAAGUACCUCAAGAUGGCGCGCAAAACUCUGCGUGAGCCCGCUGUCGAUACUGCUCUCGCAUUCUGCUAUGCGCGCCUGAACCAGCUUGCGGAACUGGAGGACUUCUUGCAUGCCACCAAUGUCGCCAAUAUCGAAGAGUCUGGUGACAAGGCAUAUGCGGAAGGAUACCAUGAGGCCGCGAAGAUUUUCUACAGCAGCAUCUCGAACUGGGCUAAGCUGGCCACGACGCUCGUUCACCUCGAAGACUACCAGGCUGCCGUCGAGUGCGCGCGCAAGGCCAACAGUGUCAAGGUUUGGAAACAAGUCAACGAGGCAUGCAUCAAAAAGAAGGAAUUCCGCCUGGCCCAGAUUUGCGGUCUCAACCUUAUUGUUCAUGCCGAGGAGCUGCAGGACCUGGUCCGCCAGUACGAGCGUAACGGCUACUUUGACGAGCUCAUUGCCGUUCUCGAAGCCGGCUUGGGGUUGGAGCGUGCCCACAUGGGUAUGUUCACAGAGCUGGGCAUUGCGCUAUCCAAAUACCACCCUGAGCGGGUCAUGGAGCAUCUGAAGCUCUUCUGGUCCCGCAUUAAUAUCCCCAAGAUGAUCCGGGCAUGCGAAGAAGCCAACCUGUGGCCGGAGCUGGUGUUCUUGUACUGCCACUACGAUGAAUGGGAUAAUGCCGCGCUUGCGAU